UUGCUCCAUCUCCUGAGAAGAGGAAGAGGAGAUCUCUGCAUUUUGGUUUGGGAGGUUUGUCGCAUGGGAGGCAGGGGAUUGUGAGGAUUUUCUUCUUGUUUGUUUGUUGCAGUUUUUCAAGAGAAGAAGCUUGAAAAUAAAAGUGAAUGGCGGAUCCAUCUACCUCCAAACCAUCAUCGAACAACAGGAAUAUACCGGUCAUCACACCUCAUUAUCCUCCCCCAGACCCUCCGGAAUGUGAUGACGGUGGUGCCAAGAGCCAUGCAAACAAGAAACCUUCAGGUUUGUCGUCGAAAUUAUCCAUAAAGCCUUCACGUCGAGUUUCCUUCUCUGAAACCGAUACAUGUUAUGAGUACUCUCCUCCAAACAAAAGUGGCAUGAGUCGGUGUUACCACCGAUCAUCAGCGUCAAGUGUCAAGAAUAGCCAUUGUGGUUUACGUGGAUGCAGUCGAUUUCUUCCGUGUUCCUCGCCGUCAUCUCGUUGCUGCAUCUGUUGUUUGUGGACGUGCAUUAUAUUGUUGUGUUUAUUCUUCAUCGUGGCAGUAGCAUUUGCUCUAUUUUUGAUAUAUUUCCAACCACGGUUGCCGGUUUUCCGUAUCGAGAGGCUUGAUUUCUCAACAUUAAAUAUCACCGAUGCAUCAUCUUCGUUAUCGCAGCAGAAAUAUCUCCUGUCUACAGAUAUCGAAUUAUCGAUUGUAGCUUCCAACGUAAACGAGAAGAUAGAUUUUUCAUACAGUUCUCUUAUGGUUUACGUGUCAUCUGGAAAUGUAACAUUGGGUAAUGGCGAGGUACCAGGAUUCUUUCAGCUGGCUACAGCGUACAGCGGCCACAGCAACCUGACAACGCCAACAAAGACGGUGUUGAACAUUCGGGCAGGUGUGUCUCAAUCUGCAGUGGACGUUGAGGAGGGCGAAAGGUUAAGAACAAAUUUAUUAGAAAGCAGCGACGAUAACAAGACCAUAAUGAUGACAAAUUUGGAUGUGAUCUUAAGCGGCACUAUAAAAUUCAACUUCAGGUCAUCGUCGUCAGGAAGCAGUGUUGGUAGUAGUAGUGCAGGCAAUGAAAUUGCAGAGUCUGAAGCCGUAGCGACGUCGAAAUUUCCAGUAUCGGUGUUGUGUAAGAAUAUUGACAUGUCAAGGUUUGCUGGUGGUGAUAAGCCCCACUGCAAAGUUGAAUUGUUCACUUUCCAGGUAACAAAUACGCCUAAUGUAUUUUGAUACACAUCAAUUUUCAACUGCGGCGGCAAAUCUGCGUGCUUACAAUGAGCAGAGCGGCAUAUGCAACUUUGCGAAAAUGGAUGGAUGAUUGGAGGAUAUAUGCAUGACUAGCUGAUGAGGCCAAUGGGCAACUCUUUUCAUUUUUGUUAUCCUGCAAAUUAUAAUCUCCCAAAAUUUAACUAGUUGUUGUAUAUAAAUACAUAUAUUCACCACGUGAGGCGAUUGAGAGAUGCAAUGUUUUGCUUGAUUCUUACCGGCUUAUAAUUAGCUUGCAUCUAGUGUUGUGCUAGCUAUUACCUUGAUGCGCAUGUGCAUCGAUCAGAUUGAAUUGCCAUGGAGAAGAGCACACAUAUAUGGGUGUGCACAGUUUCGCCUGUGAAAAGUGCGUAUGCAAUUGAAAAGAUGAAAGAAUACCUCGAAAUGAACCUUAUAACUAACUAUAACAAUUUCGGUUCCCAUAUAUGUACUACUGUAAAACCAGCAAAUUUGUUUUGCAACAAAAUGAUUAAUUGGCGUUAAGCAGCAGGUAA